AUGGCCCAAGUAGCAAUGUCCACCCUGCCCAUCACAAAUGAGGAGUCCUCGGAGAGCAGGAUGGUGGUGACGUUCCUCGUGUCUGCCCUUGAGUCCAUGUGUAAAGAACUGGCCAAGUCCAAGGCAGAAGUGGCCUGCAUUGCAAUGUAUGAAACAGACGUGUUUGUCGUUGGAACAGAGAAAGGACGUGCUUUUAUCACUGCCAGAACGGAUUUGCAGAAGGAUUUUGCAAAAUACUGCAUUGCCGAAGGGCUGCAGGAGGUGAAACCCCCAGGCCCUGCCAACGGGAUGCAGAUUGAUUCAGGAGAAACGGAAAUACUCAGAAAAGCCGUCGAGGACUAUUUCUGCUUUUGUUACGGCAAAGCCUUGGGGACGACAGCAAUGGUGCCUGUUCCUUACGAGAAGAUGCUGAGGGACCAGGCAGCCGUAGUGGUGCAGGGGCUCCCAGAAGGGAUCCCCUUUCAACACCCUGAAAACUAUGACCUUGCAACCCUGAAGUGGAUUUUGGAGAACAAAGCGGGGAUUUCAUUCCUUAUCAACAGACCCUUCCUGGGUCCCGUGAGUCAGCUAGGUGGGCCUGGGGUGGUAACAGAUGCUGAGAGAUCAGUGACAUCACCAAGUGAAAGCUGUGCCCCCAUCAACGUGAAGACUGAACCCAUGGAAGAUUCUGGCAUUUCACCGAAAGCAACAGUUAUGUCAGUCAAGAAAGAAUCAGAAGAUCCUAAUUACUAUGAAUAUAGUAUGCAAGGCAAUCACCCAGGCGCCACAACUACUGAGUGGUUGAGAGUCCGCCUGCCAAUGCGGGAUUCUACUCAGCUUGUCCCUUCAGAAAUGAGUGAUGACCCUGAAGCUGAGGUGAAAAUUGAAGGAAACACCAGUUCAUCCAACAUUACAAAUUCUGCAGCAGGUGUUGAAGAUCUUAACAUCGUUCAGGUGACGAUUCCAGAUAAUGAGAAGGAAAGAUUGUCGAGCAUUGAAAAAAUAAAACAACUAAGAGAACAAGUCAAUGACCUCUUUAGCCGAAAAUUUGGUGAAGCAAUUGGAGUGGAUUUCCCUGUGAAAGUUCCCUACAGGAAGAUCACCUUCAACCCUGGCUGUGUGGUCAUCGAUGGCAUGCCCCCGGGGGUGGUAUUCAAAGCCCCUGGCUACCUGGAAAUCAGCUCCAUGAGAAGGAUCUUGGAUGCCGCAGAAUUUAUCAAAUUCACAGUCAUCAGGCCACUUCCCGGCCUUGAACUCAGCAAUGUGGGAAAAAGAAAGAUAGACCAAGAGGGCCGUGUAUUUCAAGAAAAGUGGGAGAGAGCUUAUUUCUUCGUGGAGGUGCAGAAUAUCCCUACGUGUCUAAUAUGCAAACAGAGCAUGUCUGUGUCCAAAGAAUACAACCUGAGACGCCAUUAUCAAACCAACCACAGCAAGCACUAUGACCAGUACACAGAGAAGAUGCGCGACGAGAAGCUCCAGGAGCUGAAGAAAGGGCUCAGAAAGUAUCUCUUAGGGUCAUCAGACAUCGUGUGUCCCGAGCAAAAACAAGUGUUUGCAAAUGUGAGUCCAAAGGAAAACCCUGCCGUCCAGCCCAUAGAAGACGUGGCUGGGAACUUAUGGGAGAAAUUACGUGAAAAAAUCAGAUCAUUUGUGGCCUAUUCUAUUGCCAUCGACGAGAUCACAGAUAUAAAUAACACCACCCAGUUGGCCAUAUUCAUCCGGGGCGUUGAUGAGAAUUUCGAUGUAUCGGAAGAACUUUUGGAUACGGUGCCCAUGACGGGGACAAAAUCUGGAAAUGAGAUCUUUUUGCGUGUUGAGAAAAGUCUUAAAAAGUUUAAUAUCGACUGGUCGAAAUUAGUAAGUGUGGCCUCAACUGGCACUCCUGCAAUGGUAGAUGCCAACGACGGGCUGGUCACAAAACUCAAGUCCAAGGUGGCGAUGGCUUGCAAGGGCUCAGAUCUGAAGUCCGUUUGUUGCAUUAUUCACCCGGAAUCGCUCUGUGCUCAAAAGUUAAAGAUGGACCACAUCAUGAGCGUGGUAGUUAAUGCCGUGAACUGGAUCUGCUCCCGCGGACUGAACCACAGCGAGUUCACGACUUUGCUCUAUGAGCUGGACAGCCAGUACGGCAGCCUUCUGUACUACACGGAGAUUAAGUGGCUCAGCCGCGGGCUGGUGCUGAAGAGGUUCUUUGAAUCGUUGGAAGAAAUUGACUCCUUCAUGUCUUCCAGAGGCAAGCCCCUGCCUCAACUGAGCUCUCAAGAUUGGAUCAAAGACUUGGCCUUCUUGGUGGACAUGACUAUGCAUCUGAACACGUUGAAUAUCUCUCUCCAAGGGCAUUCCCAAAUCGUCACACAGAUGUACGACUUGAUUCGGGCGUUCUUGGCUAAACUGUGCCUCUGGGAGACUCAUUUGGCCAGGAAUAACCUGGCCCACUUUCCCACCCUGAAAUCGGUUUCCAGAAACGAAAGCGAUGGGCUGAACUACAUUCCCAAAAUCGUGGAGCUAAAGACAGAAUUCCAGAAAAGGCUGUCCGAUUUCAAACUCUACGAAAGUGAACUGACCCUGUUCAGCUCCCCUUUCUCCAUGAAGAUCGAGAGCGUCCAGGAAGCGCUCCAGAUGGAGGUGAUUGAUCUGCAGUGCAACACGGUCCUGAAAACCAAAUACGACAAGGUUGGAAUACCAGAAUUCUAUAAAUACCUCUGGAGCAGCUAUCCCAAGUACAAAACCCACUGUGCCAAGAUUCUCUCCAUGUUCGGGAGUACCUACAUUUGUGAACAGCUCUUUUCCAUUAUGAAACUGAGUAAAACUGAGUACUGCUCCCAGUUGAAGGACUCCCAGUGGGAUUCUGUACUCCACAUUGCGACGUGAUGAAACACACUCCCGCACGAUCCCGUGGGCUGGAAGCCUAGAAUCCUCUAGGCCCGAGGGGUUGCAAGAUGAGA